AGAGGCUCGGCGGCGGCGGCGGGCGCGGACCAGUGCGCGCGGCUCCGGCGGCUCCAGCUUCUCCGGCGGCUCCAGCGGGCCGGGAUGGGCGGGCGGCCGCGCGGAGGACUCGGGGGGCGCGCGACGUGACCACCCGGACUCGAAGCCCGCCCCGCCCCCGCCCGGCUCGCCGGCUCCAGGGUCGGCUCCGCGGGGCCGGGCGGCGGAGCCGGAGCCAGAGCAUGCGGGGCGCGGCGCGGGCGGCCUGGGGGCGUGCGGGGCAGCUGUGGCCGCGACCCCCCGCCCCGGGCCCGCCCCCGCCGCCGCUCCUGCUGCUGCUCCUGCUCCUGGCCGUGCUGCUGGGCGGCGCGGGCGCGCAGUACUCCAGCGACCUGUGCAGCUGGAAGGGGAGCGGGCUGACGCACGAGAUGCACAGGAAGGAGGUGGAGCAGGUGUAUCUGCGCUGCGCGGCGGGUGCUGUGGAGUGGAUGUACCCGACAGGUGCUCUCAUCGUUAACCUGCGGCCCAACACCUUCUCGCCUGCCCGGCACCUGACUGUGUGCAUCAAGCCCUUCAGGGACUCCUCGGGGGCCAAUAUUUAUUUGGAAAAAACUGGAGAACUGAGACUGCUGGUACCGGACGGGGGUGGUAGGCCUGGCCGGGUGCAGUGCUUUGGCCUGGAGCAGGGCGGCCUGUUCGUGGAGGCCACGCCGCAGCAGGAUAUCGGCCGGAGGACCACGGGCUUCCAGUAUGAGCUGAUUAGGAGGCACAGGGCGUCAGACCUACACGAGCUGUCUGCCCCGUGCCGUCCCUGCAGUGACACCGAGGUGCUCCUAGCCGUCUGCACCAGUGACUUCGCCGUUCGAGGCUCCAUCCAGGAAGUCACCCACGAGCCGGAGCGGCAGGACUCAGCCAUCCACCUGCGCGUGAGCAGACUCUAUCGGCAGAAAAGCAGGGUCUUCGAGCCGGCACCCGAGGGCGACGGCCACUGGCAGGGGCGUGUCAGGACGCUGCUGGAGUGUGGCGUGCGGCCAGGGCAUGGCGACUUUCUCUUCACCGGCCACAUGCACUUUGGGGAGGCGCGGCUCGGCUGUGCCCCGCGCUUCAAAGACUUCCAGAGGAUGUACAGGGACGCCCAGGAGAGGGGACUGAACCCGUGCGAGGUUGGCACGGACUGACCCUGGUGCCCAAGCUGUGGACGUUCUCGCCACACUCAACGCCAUGAGCUCCCAGCCAAGGACACCCUGGCCAAUUGGAAAUGCUGUAAAAUGCAAACUAAGUUAUUAUAUUUUUUUGGUAAAAAAGAAAUGUCCAUAGGAAACCAGCUCCUGUGUCUUAAAAUGCCUUGGUGUGCCAUUUGAUACUGUUCUCUAAAGACGUUUUGAGUCACGGCGUCCGGCCUGGUGUUGGGGGAAGCGCUGGCCAUUGGGCACAGUGGACGUGUGAAAAGGUGCCAUUCAGAGUUGUUAUUCUCAUGACAGAAGUUUAUGGAGCCAAAUAAUAAGUUUUUUAUUUUCAUUUUAUUUUUAAAAAAUGAGCUUGGCCAGCUGUAGUCCUUUUCGGGCUGCUAGUUGUUUCCAUUCCAGAGAAUAAAGACCAGGAUCCGA